AUGGAUGAGCAGCUGUUGCAACUAAACCGCUGGUCUUUUCAGCUCCAGAGAGGUGAGGACCUGACGCUAAUCCCAUCGGACGAGGAGCCUUUCGUGGUUACCGAAGUCUUCCUCGUCAACCCGCAGAGCGCCGCCGGCCACGGCGUCGUCUCCGCCUACGUCGAGAUGGGAACGCAGAAGAUCUUGCUCGCGCAUCUGUCGUCGGAGGUCAAGGCCGUGGAGCUGGAGAACCCGCUGGUGCUGGAAGAGGAGUUUCGUGUUUACGUGAUGCGGCCGGGAGGCGAUGCCGACGAAGACACUGAUGAGGAUGCGCUCGUCGUCCAGUUCAAGGGGUUCAUGGUUUCUCUGCCGUGCUAUUCAGACACGGAUACGGACGAUGAAGAAGAGGAGGAAGAGGAGGAGGAUGAAGAGGACGCAAGUUCCGAGGAUCAUGAAACCAACGAUAAGGACGAGGAGAGUGACGGCGAGGUCGACGGAGACGUGGCCAAGGCGAGCAGCAACGUCAAGGACUGA